AAGCAGUGACACAACCUUUCAUUGGUCUGAACUGGCCUCCGAAUUUGACUAUCAUACUGCAUAAACAGCACCUCCAAACUCACAUUGAUCUCUGGCACCAUGCUGGGACAUUGCUAGAAAGAGAAGAAUGCCAUCUACAGAAUCACCCCACCCUCUACUAUUAAGGUUUUCCUUGAGGGUUUCCCAUGCAAGUAGUUAACAGAUCUAAGCCUGUUUAGUUUAUCAAACCUGAGGCUCCAGAAGGUGAUAUGAAUACAUAGGGUUAGUUUAUUGAACAUUAUUAAUCUUACAAAUAAAAAUUGUGUAAUUUAGUGGUUGUGAAAUUAAAGUAAUUAACAUAAGCAAAAGCAUGACACUAAUCAUUUUAAUUUCUUAUAGAAUUACAGACAAGAAAUGACCAUUCCCAUGAUUAGGGAUAAAAAUCAGUAAAAAUAAAUGGUUAGAACAGAGUAUAUAUAAGCUUUAUGGAACUAAAAUGUAUGUUAAUCACUGCCUGGGCCUCUAUAAUCUUUACUCCAACAUUCACGUGCACAGAUCAAAAUACAUAAGGACUUACAAACAGCCAUACUGGGUCAGACCAAAGGUCCAUCUAGUCCAGUAUCCUGUCUUCUGACAGUGGCCAAUGCCAGAUGCUUCAGAGGGAAUGAACGGAUAAUCCAAGUGAUCCAAGGCCUGUCCCCCAUUCCCAGCUUCAAGCAAACAGAAAAAGCAGGCAGGGGUUUGUGCUGUUUCCUUGAGACAUUAAUUAAUGUCUCAAUUGCACUGGUGGGAGGGGGCAAAGGCCAGCGCAAGAAGGCAGCAUGAGGGACAAAAAAGGGAGACAAUCUCAAUAUACUAGACUAGUGUAUAUGCCAAUUGAAUUCAAAUAUAACAGUUGCUGUUACUGUUUUACUUUCACAUGAAUACUGCCCAAAAUGAUCCUCCUUUUGUUCUGACUACAAGGCUACUUCAGUUCAUUAUGAAGCAAAUUCAAUGUCACAUUUAACAUCAUUGGACAUUCCUUUUUUGUUCCCCAAUUAUGACUCAUCCAGCAUAAAAAGAUAGAAAAACUGGAUAUAACCAUAGGAGGUAAUUUAAAAACUCCCUUUUGAGUUGCUGACCGUUUUGGUUUAAGCCAAUAGAAAAACUGUUCCCUGUCUUCUGCUGGGAUGUUGUUGUUGGGGGUUUUCUUUUUAGAUUCUGAAUCCUUGUUGUACUGACAUGUCUCAUUAUUAAUGUCAUCACCCACAGAGUCAGCCCCUAGACUUUCUAGAACUAGGGAGCGCUGGAGUUAAUGAUGAUGUAAACAACCCUGCUUAGAAAUGAAACUGAAGAGUUGUGUGUCAGGUUUUUUAUUAACAUUGCAUGUUUAUUCUGUUGUCUGAUUGCUGUUUUUAAUGUUUGUUUACUACAGUUUAUAGAGUCUGGAUUCGAAACAUCUUUGUGAGUAGUCUGUUGGCUCCUUGAACCUCUUGUGAGAAAGAGCUACCAGCUGGGCUUCAUUAAAAUAUAAUUCGUUUGAAUACCGUUUGCUAAUCUAAUUAACUUCAUAAAGGAUCAAACUGUUCAUAUUUUGUAAUCAAUCCUUGUUUACACUGGGAUUUAGCUUUUAUUACAAACACAAAUCUCUAGCUGGACUGUAGCAGGUGUACGUUAUUCAAUAGACAUAUUGUAAACGCAUUAUAGCAGAUUAGCAGGGUUUCCGCCUUUAAAAUGUACACUGCGAGAUCCAACUCCCAAGCCAGCUGUUUCUUAUCAGUGCAUUUUGCCUUUCAGAACUGCACUUUGCAUCGUUCUUGGCGCUGCUAUUUCUGUAACAGAUCGUAUAGGAAGAGUGCUGCAGCAGGGCACUGUAAUGCUGCCACGGGGGAAACCCUGGCGCCUUUUUGGAGGGGGAGGGGGAUCAGAUCCUUUUGGAAAGACCCAGAAUAAGAGCAGGAAGAAAAGGGUGGGUGGAAGAACCUUGAAAACCAGGGGGGGGAGGGAUGAUAGCGGGAUAGAGGACAACGGAGACGGUGGGAGGGAAGAGAUGACGGGGCGGAGAGCAAAGUAGAGAUGAGAAAGGAUGACACAGGGACAGGAGAUGCGUAAUUUUCUGCAUGACUCCAGUGCGUCAGCAAUGGCUAGGGAGCCGGAGCGCGUCACAGACGGUCUCUCUCCAAAUCUUAAUGGAUACCGCAGUGCUACCGGUAUAACGCAGGCACACGCAGCUGUCUGGCAACAGAUCCCGGCAGCAUCAUACGCUAGGCUCCGGUAAAGAAGCAGCAGCAGGAUCGGCUAGAGCUCCGAAAUAAUCGGGCAUCAUUGUUUCCUAGACCCCGACCAGACCCAGCAGCUGGAGCGAGGAGAGCACCCGCCUCCCCAGGAAGAAUCAUACAGGAGACUCUGAGAUCGUCCCAGCAGCAGUCGGGCGCGCGGGUCAGUACCAGCCACUAGGCUCGAACAGAGCCCCCGCUGGCAUCAUGCUCUAGGCUGCCCGACACAACCAGCAGAGCGAGGGGGCCGCUGAGCUUCGCGGAACAGCCAGCAGCAGCCGCGGGAACGGAGAGCUCUGGGCAUGCAUUAGACUUGGGCUCAGCCCUAGCAGCAGCCGCGGGAACGGAGAGCUCUGGGCAUGCAUUAGACUUGGGCUCAGCCCUAGCAGCAGCCGCCUCGCUCAUCCUAGUCGCCCUCUCGCCCCCCAUGGAUAAGGCGACCUCGCUACACACUUCAGUGCCCACGCCUCCCCCUCGGCUCUAUCUGCCUCGGAACUUCAGCUGCAGCGCCUGCCUCUAUGGCAGCCUGGCCGAGCACUGCAAGGGGGACUGCAGCCCGGAGCGCGAAGGGGCGCCGUCUCCCACGCCUGUGGUCCGAGAAGCGGCAGCCUCCGGGGAGAAGCCGCAGCCUUCCCGCGGCCGGGAGCCCUCGGUGCCUCCUGUGCCCCCCAGCCCCACGCUGCGCCGGCGAGCCAAGUCGCUGCCCACGCCCGGCGAGCGCAGCCUGCGGCCGGCCCUGCAGCAGAGCCCGUCCCGCAGGAAGACCGUGCGCUUCGCCGACUCGCUGGGCCUGGAGCUCAUCUCCGUGCGCCACUUCUGCGAGGCCGACCUGCCCCAGGUGCCGCUGCCGCUGCCGGCCCGCGCCGCCGACCUGUUCAAGACCAGGAAGCCGCCGGCGCUGGGCGAGCUGGAGCCGGUGCUGUUCGGCCCGUCGCCGCUGCUGGAGCCUCUCUUCCCGCCGCAGCCCGGCGCCAGCCCCGGCUUCGCGGAGCGGGUGCGGCGGCACAAGGUGAAGCUGGAGUGGGUGCGGGCCGAGCCCGCCGGCCUGCGCGGCGCCGUGCGCGUCCUCAACCUGGCCUACGAGAAGGCCGUCUCCGUGCGCUACACCCUCAACCGCUGGGUCAGCUGCGCCGAGGUGGCGGCCGCCUACCUGUCGCCGGGCCCCGCCGACGGCCUGACCGACCGCUUCUCCUUCCGCCUGCCGGCGGCGGCCGCGGGGGGCACGCUGGAGUUCGCCGUGCGCUACCGGGUGGCCGGCACCGAGUACUGGGACAACAACGAGGGGCUCAACUACCGGCUGCGGGGCCGGCCGCGCGCGGCUCGGGCCGCCACCUCCCCGACGGAGGAACCCGACGGCGGCGCCUGGAUCCACUUCAUCUGAGUGGCCUGUCGCCGGACCGCUGAGCGUCGCCUGCUCGCUGCCGGGGAGAGCCGAGCUCUCUCCCGGAUCUAGGCCACCCUCCCGCCGCAGCGCCCUUUCCGGGCUCGGCAGCCUUCAGCGGCUGCGGGGCGCACUUCUCACAGGCCGGGCGGCUGGGGGAGGAAUUUCCCCUGGAGCAUCGAGCGGGUUUUGUGUUAGACCCCAAGGGGCUGCCACCGGCGGACUUCGGCACAUCCAGCCCGCGAAGAAUUCCAUGGCCAGGGACUGGGGAAUAGGAGCAAGUACAGUUUGGCAGGUCCAUCCAAAUCUCUCUUUUUAUUCCACUAAAACUUGUACUCGAUAUACUGGAAAUAUUACUAAGGAGCUUUUCUACGAGAUCUUGGGGGAUCUGAGAUACUUUUCAAUGUUAUCUACAGUUAUCCUCUUCUGCCUUGUCAUUUAUCCGCUCCACUGUAAUCUUGCCACUCUUCUCACGGAUAUAGUUUACCCUGCAGUUAGUCAGUCUCUUAGUUUAAAAAAUGCUUGUUUAUAUUUCACAAGAAAAUAUUUUUUGAAUUCUGUUUACAAAUAAAUAUAAAUUAUUUAUAUUUUGUAUUUAACUUUAUUUAGGGGAAAACAUUUCAAACUUCUUUGCAAAAGCAAAGCGUAAGUGUGCAAGUCCUGUACUGUAAUUUGUGAGUUCCACCAUAUCUUCCACCUCAAGUUUGCUACAUUUUUGUUGUUAUAAUAGAAGUUGUUGUAAAGUAUGGAUUGGACAAUUGCAGAAUAAUCUGUAGCGAACUCUGUAUUUAUAUGGCGUCUAGCUGCUAGUCAUCACUGGGAAGGUGGAGUGCAAGCAAGCCAGCUCCAGUGAUUUGGAGGCCAAGUCCAACUCCCGUUAAAAUUGAUGGGACUUGGAUCAGGCCCUAGAAGCACAGAGCUCAAAUAAGAUAAUGAGCCUGAUCCUGCCUCCCUAGCUCACUGAAGUAAUCCGACUGAAGUAAGACCCCAAUCCAGCAAAUUCAUAAACAGUUUGGACCCCUGCUCAGUGCCCCAUUGAUGUCAGUGUAGUGUUAUGUGGGCAUAGGAAUCCACUCAGGUGUGUUACUUUGCCAGAUUGGGACUUUACUUCAGUGAGCAAAUACUACAGUAUUGGGCCCAAACCAAUGCUGAGUGGUGGAGCCCAGAAGAUCCUUUGCAUGGGUUUAUUUCUCAUGUUACAAAAAUAAUUCAAUUUAGAAUAAAGGUUUUCAUUUUAUAACUUUGUUUUACCUAUUUAAAAAUAUUUAGAAGAGUGCUGAGAAAGCAAAUUGCUGUUAAGUGUCAAUUCCACUGUGUCCAUGCAGUCCAUUGCACUGUGAUCUGUGCAUUAAAACACGGUCAGUUAAGGAUUAGAUUUGCAAAUACACAAAUUGGAUGUGCUUGCAAUGUAAGUCCCAAUUCAGUCUUUCAAGUCCAUGUUUGCAUACAGAAUAUGCAUCCUUAUAUCAGGCACAUGAAAAUUGGCACAUGUGAAAAUCUAGGCUAGAAACUUCCAUCCUUGGUGU